AUAUAUGGGCUUCCUUUCUGGAUGAUCUCUCCAUCAUUAACAUAACAAUGAAGCCAUCUUCUUCUUCCCCACUUUCCUUUCUCUCUCUGAUACUCUCAGUUGCAGCAACCUUCUUCUUCGCCUUUGCUUCUGGUGAAGUGGUUUUCAAGGAUGGCUUGAAAAACUCCAUUGAACUCAGACUGCCAAGCGCUUCUGGCCCUGAAAGCUUCGCUUUUGACUGUAAUGGCGAAGGGCCGUACAUUGGUGUAUCAGAUGGUAGAAUUCUCAAAUGGAAAGGAAGUCACAGAGGAUGGGUUGAAUUUGCUGUCACCUCACCCAACAGGGACAGGAAAUUAUGUGAUGGGUCAACAGAUCCAAACAAGGAACCUUCAUGUGGGAGGCCACUGGGACUCAAAUUUAACAAGAAAACAUGCAAUCUUUACAUAGCAGAUGCAUAUUUUGGCCUUCUAAUGGUUGGGCCUAGUGGUGGUGUGGCCAAACAACUAGCCAUUUCUGCUGCUGCUGAUGAUGUUCCCUUCAAAUUCUUGAAUGGCUUAGAUGUUGAUGACGAAACUGGUGUGGUUUAUUUCUCAGAAAGCAGCACUGUGUAUCAGAGAAGGGAAGUUGAAAUGAUAUUCCAAAAAGGAGAUAAAACAGGAAGGUUGCUGAAAUAUGACCCAAGUAGUAAGAAAGUAGAGAUCUUGGUCCAAGGCUUGGCAUUUGCAAAUGGUGUGGCAUUGAACAAGGAAGGCUCAUUCCUUCUGGUAGCAGAAACAAGUUUAAGAAAGAUAAACAAGUUUUGGCUCAAAGGCUCCAAGACUUACACUUCAGAGCUCUUCACAAAACUUGAAAGGCCACCAGAUAACAUCAAGAGAGACAGAAACGGAGAUUUCUGGGUGGGUCUGAACAGUAAUAGGACAUCAUCUGAUAACAAUGAAGAUAAUUAUGCAGGUUUAGGAGAUGACCCUGUGGGAGUGAAGUUUGAUGAGAAGAGAAAGACUUUGAAAGUUUUGGAUGGAGGAGGAGGUUCAGAACUUGAGUCAGUGAGUGAAGUGGAAGAACAUAAUGGGAGGUUGUGGAUUGGGUCUGCUGUGAAACCUUAUGCUGUUGUAGUUAAGUUAUAGCUUCAUGUCAGGAUACAGGAUACGUCUGGACUUGCUUUGAAUCUAUUAAAUGUUUGCCUUGAAUAGGCUUUAGCAAUAAUUGUUUUAUAAUAAUUUUGAUUAUUAUUGUUGGGGUCAUCUCACGGUGUGAUACUAUGAAUGAAACUUUAGUCACAUGAUUGUGCGAUUUUGAAGAAUA